AUGAACGAUCGUUGUCUCUUGGUUCCUCCGCAUGCGGGGUACCACGUACUGCCGAACUCACCUCUAUUCAGUAGGCUGCUUCGCUUCGCAGGACAAUCGCCCGCACGCAUAGCCAUUGUUGAUGCACGGUCCGGACACCAACGUACACAUCUCGAGUUGCUCUCCGAUGUACUGGCUUUGCGCGAGAAGGUUCUCAGCAGUUUAGUCUGUGCAACAGCUGCAGCGCUCGAGCAACGUGAUGAGGCAUACAUCGCGAUAUUGGCAAGCGGUGGGUAUGAGUACACGGUAGCCAUGCUGGCUAUACUGGCACUCGGGGCCGCUGCAGUGCCCAUCGCAUCAGCUUUAUCAGUGCAGGAAGCGGCUUACUACGUAGAAAAGUCGUGUGCUUCAGUGGUACUGGUGAGCUCUGCAGAUCAAGCAAAAGCUGUUCAGCUCGAGAAAUUGAUCCGGUCCACGAGCGACGAACAAUUCCAAAGCGUAUCGAUUGCGCCCUCCACUUCCACACCCACGCUCAGCGCGGCCAUGAUCCAGAUCUCGUCAGAUCGUGUCCUCGAAGAAAAUAGCCCAGCUGUUGUUAUCUUUACCAGCGGGACGACAGGCCCUCCCAAAGGCGCGGUCAUGAGACGGUCGUUCGUGUCUGACUGCGCUCUCUCGGUGGCAGACCACUUUCGCCUCACUGAAGACGAUGUGAUGCUCCAUGUCUUGCCAGUGCACCAUGCCACUGGCGUUGGUAUCAAUUUCUUCCCAUUCCUGCUUUCUGGGAGCCGUAUCGAAUUCCGCAGCGGCAGCUUCGACGAGGAGUGGAUGUGGGAGCGGUGGAAAGAAGGUGCAACAGACAAGAGCCGGCGGCUGACGUUUUUCUCCGGGGUCCCAACAAUCUACAUGCGCAUGAGACGCCACUAUCAACGCAGGCUGGUGAUGUUACCAUCGGCAGAGCUUCAUAAAUAUGUAGCGGGUGCCAGACAGUUCCGAGCUUGUCUCUGUGGAACGUCGGCGCUUCCUUCUUCACUCAACCACUUUUGGGCGACAAUAAUGCAGAAAAAAAUCAGGCAAAGGUAUGGUGCCACGGAGUUCGGGGCGAUUUUUAUGGUUGGCUUGGAUGAUGAUAAGGCGCCCGAUGGCUCAGUUGGCGAAUGCGUGAGCGGCGUGGAUGUCAAGCUCUCUGCGGGGGACGAAGGCGAGGUACUCGUUCGCAGCCCACACAUGUUUAGUGCCUAUCUCCGAGAUCCUCAGGCCACAGCUCAAGCCCACGACGAGGAAGGCUACUUUCGUACUGGAGACAUUGCGAGACGGGAGGUUGUUGCGAACGGAACGUCGUACUAUUACAUCGUCGGAAGGGCAUCGGUCGAUAUUAUAAAAUCAGGUGGUUAUAAGAUCUCUGCACUCGACGUCGAGCGAGAAUUACUAGCUCUGCCGUAUAUCGCGGAGGCGGUUUGUUGUGGUGUAUCCGAUGAGGAGUUCGGCCAGAGGGUUGCGGCGCUCGUAUCGCUGCAGGAUGAAGAGCUGACCGGCGCUUUCCUGUUGUCACAUGGAAAUGGGGAGCAUAUCUUGACCAUUGAUGCUGUGCGCAACGAUCUGCGAGCGCGGCUAGCUGGGUACAAAAUGCCCACUCUGCUGCGCGUUGUGAGUGGUGAGCUACCAAAAACGGCCACAGGCAAAGUACAAAAAAAGGUCCUUGGGCCGCGAUACUUUCCUCAGGUGUUCGAUCCGGAGGUGCAACGAUGGGAACGACCUUUGCGAGAGGUUGCGAAGUUGUAA